GCCCGGAACGAGAGGGCAUGUGAAUGGUGAAGGGGUCUUACAAACCCUCGUUGUGUGUUUCGUCAUUUGUUUCAAACCCUCUUCACACCGCGAAAAUGUUGAAGUUCCUAUCAAGAGUGAAGAUCGAGUUCAAUGCGUUGGACCCACGAAUGGCAUCGUGUAUGGAGUUUCUGGCACAGUGCAAUUCACGAAAGGCAAAAGAAUCAAACCCUGCGUGUGAAGUGGAGGUGAAGCGUGGAAGGGAAGAACGGCCACCACAAAUCACAGUGACGUUUGUGAAUGGGGUUGAACAAGUGUUUGAUGCAACUUCCACCCCAGCCCAGACCAUAAGAAGUAUGAUUCUGGAAAAGGGUCAGCUCCUUGAGACUGAGCAAAUGUUCCGCGAAGCAGGGGAGUCAUGGCCCGUUAUCAUCCCCAACGAGGAACUCUCGCAACACGCACCUGGCACCAAACCAAGGAAAGCAGAAGAGAAGAAGCAAUAGCUGAAAAUUGUUGAGCAUAUUAACUGCUGAGGAUGGUUCUGGCUUUUGUCACCCUUGUUUUUUUGGGUAGGAGAUAGGGCAUCUGAUCUCUGCUGUUGCUGCAUACCUUACUGAAUUUCAG